CACUUUUCACGCAUCAUGAGAACUCAAAAUUGUUAAGAAGAUUAAAAUUGAGAAGAUUAAAAGUUUAAAAUUGGAUACUGCCGAUUUAUCAAAUCCCAAACUCAUGAUCUCCACUAGCGCAGCAAAAUUCCCUCUUUCGCUCCCGAAUUAAAAAACCGAAGUUUUGAUGAUGUGACUUUGCGAUUUUGGAAUCAAUCCUGGUCUCCAAAGACGUGCAGUCGCUUAAUCGAGUUGACUCUCCCUUGAAACAGCUGAUGAGAGACGAAUCUCUUCUCGUUCUCAGAGAAAUUGCGAUGGAGACGGUCGAGAUCAAGCUUGUGUCUUGAUUUUCUAUUCGCGUGUUUGCUCUAAUCGGUGUGUUGAGGUGUUGUCUCUGUAUUGAAAUUUGAAAAUUAUGUUUAAUUCCUAGUCAUUGGAUUCCCUUUUAAUUUAUUUGUGAUCAAAGGUUGAAAAUUAGCUACUGGGACUGCUGUUAGUUACCCACAGCAGCCCCCUUUACCCAUAUGAACCCACUGGAAAGUUCCUUUCUGUUUUAUGGGCCGGCCCAUUAGAUAUAUAAAUUAGCUUUCCUUCCCCCAAAUGACUGAUCAUUAUACACCGCGUCAUCGUUAGCUUUUGAUUUCCCGGUUGAAUAAGGGUUUCCAUGGCGACCGUGCCUACUACCACGGCGGACGCAGCCGCUUCUUCAUCUUACACAUAUGCUGCCGGAACCACAUCCUAUUUUCCGACGCCGUUCCACCUUCAACAGACUCCUCCGCCGCCUCCGGUACCCUACAUCGGCGCCGCACCUCCGCCCACUGUUCCCACCGUCCCGCCGCCCGUUUAUCCGGCUGCUCCUGCCGUCUACACGAUGCCGCAGUAUCAACAGGCACAGCAAUUGUUUCAGAGGGAUGCACAAACAAUAACACCAGAAGCUCUUGAAAGUGUGAAAGCUGCACUUGCCAGCAGUGAUGUGGAGCACAAAGCAGAAACUAAGAAGAAGGCGAUUCCUCGGACAGCUGCUGGGCAGACUUGGGAGGAUCCCACUCUUGCAGAAUGGCCUGAGAAUGACUAUCGUCUAUUCUGUGGUGAUCUUGGAAAUGAAGUGAAUGAUGAUGUUUUGUCCAAAGCUUUUUCCAGGUUUCCUUCAUUUAACAUGGCCAGGGUCGUUAGAGAUAAACGUACGGGCAAGACAAAGGGCUAUGGGUUCGUAAGUUUUUCUAACCCAACUGACUGUGUAGCGGCCAUCAAGGAAAUGAAUGGGAAAUAUGUUGGAAACCGUCCAAUCAAACUUCGAAAGAGCACCUGGACAGAAAGGACUGACAAGGAAGCCCUGGAAAGGCAAAAGAAACAAGGUUACAAGAAAUCAAAAGCACCUAAGAAAGGCGUGUUCCAUAAAUGAGAGCCUGUGUUUUGGGGCAACAAAGAUUAAUGAGAUCAAGUUGGAUCUGAAGAACACCCGAACCUAAAUUCAAAGGUGUAUCAUUAACUUUACUUAUUGUCGUUAAACGUUGGUGUUAGAGUGAAAGGACUAAAUUUAAAAUUAUGGUCGAGCAUUUGUGCGGUUGUGUUUGACUGCUAUUUUUAUUUGUAAAAGAAUAUGCUUUCAUAUCAUUUGUUCGUAUAAACUAGUAACAUUUUUAGCACCAAGAAUCAAGAAGCAGAUCCCAUAUAAACUAGUAAUUUUAAUAAGAUUAAACUUAACCAACAGCUGGUAGCUCAAACAUUCAGUAGUGAUGUUAAAGUUUUGAAUCUAUCUGCCAAAAAUAGGAGUUCUAUUCGUCUCAAAAUUCUUCAACUUCCUCCCUUUGGCCAUCACUUAAAUUAUUAGUUUCAUUAUUGGGAUAUAGUAUGGACCAUUAAUCGUCAGUUAACAAAAAUUAUAAAAAUAAAUUUCCAGUAAGGAAUAGCACGACCCUUUCUUAUUUAUUCAGUAACUUCUACACACCGCAUAAAAGUGCACCUGUGGCUAUAUUUGGAAUGAUUACCUGGGAAGCUGCAAGCCACUUCAUUAUGACAUGUUUUUCCAAAAAUAUGAGAAUUCGGGUCUUCUGUUGCAAUUACAUCCAUAUUUUCAUGUUUGACAUAUUAAAU